AGGCUCUCGUGGAUUGGCGCUCUGCCAUCUUUGAUUGUGCGACAGGCCGCGGCGCGAGCGGGGCCCUCUCUCGAGUGCACGAGACACCGCCAACGGCCCGUUACUGCCCACCUCACUCCGGCGGCGCGACCAGAGAGACGUAACGAGAAAGAAAACCAUCGAGAGAGGGAGAGAAACGCUUCUCUCUUGUUUGUGGAGGAGGUUUUGUGGGGUCGCUAACCGCUCGGCUAACUGGGACUAGCAUAGCACGAGCUUUUGUAAUCCACAGCCGGCCUCUAUCUCUCACACACACGCUCAAAACGCACAAUACAAAAGGCCAAGACACAUACCUUCUGGACGGAAUAAACGAUACACUUCAAGAGAGACGGGACCGGCGGAGACAGGGCUGGUUCUGAGGGGUGAGGCCGCAGGACCAGACUCAAUGAGUUUCCAGCGAAAUGUCAGAGAAGUCAGGGCAGAGCACCAAGGCAAAGGAUGGCAAGACCAAGUAUGCAACCCUUAGCCUCUUCAACACGUACAAGGGCAAGUCUCUGGAGACCCAGAAAACUGCAGUUGCUGCCAGACAUGGGCUCCAAAGUUUGGGCAAAGUUGCGGUCAGCCGACGCAUGCCCCCUCCGGCUAACCUGCCCAGCCUAAAAGCUGAGAACAAAGGCAACGAUCCCAACGUUAGCAUCGUACCAAAGGACGGCAGCGGAUGGGCCUCCAGACAGGAUCAACCAGGAGACGAACGGCAGCAAGAGACCCCUCCACCACAGCCAAAGCCAGCUGUUCCUCAGACCUCUGAUGCCCCUCUGGGAGGCAGCCGCUCUUGGGCCAACAGCAAACAGUCUGGGCAGCUGGAUGGAGCUCCUCGCAUGAGCAGUCAUUUCCAUCAGGAGUUUCCAAGUCUGCAGGCAGCGGGUGAAAAUCAGGAGAAAUCAGGUGAUCAGGAAGAUGAACCCUACGGGCCAGGCCCCAGCCUCAGGCCUCAGAAUGUGGGUAGCUGGCGGGAAGGUGGAGGCAGGAACUUAAAUGUUGCUUCCAGCCCCUCAGAGAGUGAUGGAAAGCCCUCUGAGGAGUCAGGCGUGGGUCGGGGCACACCAUCUCCCUCAGGGGACUCCGAUGAGGCAGGCAAACCCUCUUCUGGGGAGGGCAGAGAAAAGAGAGACGCCAGAGACAGACUCCCACCUACUGCCCCUCAGCAUAAACUCAAUGGUGGCCAGCAAACGGCGAAGGGAAUAUCAUCUCAGUUCCAAGCUGCCCAGUUCAGGAGCAUGAUGCCGCCAUAUAUGUUCAAUGCUUACCCUCGAGGGCCCUUUCCUCCUGUACAAAGUAGCUUUAGAUACCCUGGUCAACAGGAGAUGUCUAAGGGUCCACGUUCUGGUGGAAGACCCUCCCAGCCUCCCUCUCAGCCAUGGCUGCAGGAUCCAGACAGGCCAUCAAUUGUUAGUGCCACUGAGCUUAAAGAGCUAGACAAUCUGGACACUGAUGCUGAUGAGGGUUGGGCAGGUGCUCAAAUGGAAGUUGACUAUACUGAGAAACUGAACUUUAGUGAUGAUGAGGAGAACCAUUCUGCUAAGGAGAAAGGCGAUAACUGGGAGUGGAUGACUAAAGUUGAUCGCAUGAGGUCAAGAAACGCUGAUGUUCAGGAGGGAUGGACGGAAGAAGAGGGGAGGCGUGACAGCAAGAGCUCAUGGGCAGAAAGUGGAGACCCUAAGGCUCCCUCCCCUGGCAAUAUUGUCCAUUAUAGCAAGACUGUACCUCCUCAAGACCAGCAGGGCCAAACUAUUGGACGUUCUGUGGGAAGUGGUGGCUCCAGUGUUACAAAGCUACCCAAUACAGCACCCCCUGCUAGUGAGGAGGAAACAGAAGCGUGGCGGCAGAAGCGGAAGAAGCAGUCCGAGCUCUCAGAAGCAGUAGAACGUGCUCGCAGACGGCGUGAGGAAGAGGAACGCCGCAUGGAAGAACAGAGACUUGCUGCAUGCAAAGAGAAACUCAAACAACUGGAGGAGAAACGACGACCUUCGACUACAGAAACUGCUAAACCAACUAUACAAGCUCAUGGUGAUAACCAGGAAGUGACUGAAACUGUGCCUAAACUACCUGCUGAAACUCCACCCCCUCAGCCUCAACCACCACCUUCCCCUGCACAGCAACCCUGCCCUCCCAUGCCAACCCAUGAAAGGACAGAGCCCACUGUGGAGGAGGUGCCACAAUUUGUUACCCGACAACCUAGCCCUCCUGUCCAUAGGACUGCCCCAGAACCCCAAAGCAAGGUUGAUACUGCUUUAACUGAGGAGGUGCAUAGACCGGUGGAGAGACAACCAAUGAGAGACUACUUCAGUGUUGAGGAGCCCAGAGUUGAGGAGCCUCAGUUGUCUUCAACCAGACUCGAUCAUUCGGUCAGUGAUGAUGCCCCUCUCCCAACUAAACUGGAAAAUGAGGGAGACACUGGGACUGCUGUUCGUCCUUCUGUCACCUCUGGAUAUUCAAAACAGUUCCAGAAGUCUUUACCACCCAGGUUCCUUAGACAACAGGAACAGCUUAAACAACAACAGUGGCAACAGCAGCAGCAGAGUGGUGGGGGUCCAGUCUCUCCCUCAGGGGGUUCAGCUCCCCCUCAGCACAGAUCCUUAUACCAACCUAUCGGCCCCCACCACCAACACCUUGCUUCAAUGGGAUUUGACCCACGCUGGCUAAUGAUGCAGUCUUACAUGGAUCCCCGUAUAAUGUCUGGGCGGCCACCAAUAGACAUGCCUCCUAUGCACCCCGGGAGAAUGCCUCCUAAGCAGCUGGUACGACGAGAGCCCACAGAAAACAGCAGCUCAGGAUCAGACACUUUUGAUCAUCUGACCAGACCAAUCAGAGAACACGGAGUUCCUAGUGAGCCUCGGAUGGUCUGGGGUUCUGACCCAUAUCCCUCAACAGAGCCCCUUCCCUCUUCUGCAACCAUUAAAGGACGUGAAGAUGGCAAGGAGACAAGAUUGGAUGCUGGUCUGGAGCUAGAUAGAGGUCUAUCAGGUGUCUAUCCUCGGGACCAUAGCCCACUUGAGCCCCGGGGCAAGAGCCACUUCUUCAGGGAUUCAUCUGAAACCUUGGCUUCUUUUAGUCAUGUCUCGGAAGAGGUUCCAGGUCUCCUACAGACUGACAGAACCCCAGUCAUCCCUUCUUUUGAACCUGAGGAGACUAACCUCUCUGGUGCAGAUGAGGUGGAAGCCAUUGGACAGGCUGUAUUGAAACGUAGUAUCUCUCAAGGCUCAAGUCACUCUCUGAAACUGGAAGAGCCCAGAUUUGAAGGACUUACCAUAGCACAGAAAUCCCUGGACUUCCCUGAUACUGUGGAAAGACCUGAGGACAAGUCUAGAAAGGAGCCUUUUGGACAGGGGUCUGUGAUCAACAGCCGUUCCACUCCUCCUGUGGCUAAUGAUGGUAUGCACAAAACCGACAAGCUUACUUUACCUGCACCCAGCAAGCAGAAGUCAGAGAUGCGCUGGGGAUCCCGUGGAUCUGGAUCUGGAAGGAGAGAGGGUCCUGGAGCAGAGCGGCCAGUAAGGAGAUCUGGACCCAUUAAGAAACCUGUGUUGAGAGACAUGAAGGAAGAGAGGGAACAGAGAAGAGAGAAAGAAGAGCAGCACGAACGAGGGGAUCGAUCCAAAAAAGAGGGUGCUGCUCCUAAGGGUGUUACUUCAGCUGCUGUAGAAGCAUCUGAUAGACCUAAGCCCUAUGGUGAUGGUAAGAAAGUAGUGGUAGAACCUGAAGUGGGAAUAGCAACUGGUGGAACAAAAUCCAGAGAUCUGCAGACAACUGUAUGUCCUGCAGCUACAUCUCUUGCUGAGGAUAAACCAGACAAGCCUCCAUCUAAUGACAAACGUAAUGAACCCAAACUACCAUCUCGCAAAGAGUCCAACCUCCCUCCCAGAGCUUACAGGAGAGAUGAGAGGGAGCGGGGCAGAGAUGAGAGGGAGCGGGGCAGAGAUGAGAGGGAGCGGGGCAGAGAUGAGCGGGAGAGGGGCAGAGAUGAGAGGGAGCGAGACCGAGAGAGGGAAAGAGAUGUGGAAAGAGAGAAGGACUGGCUUUCUGAUUACAAAAGCCGUGGUCGGGGAGAGUACUAUUCCCGUGGCCGAAGUUACAGAGGCAGCUAUGGUGGGAGGGGCAGAGGUAGCCGUGGUCGUAGUCGAGGGGACUACUCGUACAGAGAGCCACGGUCACGCUCGGAUUUGCCAUUAGGUGCCACAGGGACAGCUAGUUUCCGCUGCAGAGAAGAGAGUGAAACCCGUAGCGAGAGCUCAGAUUUUGAAGUCUUGCCUAAGCGCAGACGCAGGCGAGGCUCGGACACAGAUUCUGAAAGUGAAGGCAGAGAAUCUGCCAGUGACACUGGAGCAUCAGAUCGUGAGCCCAGCUCCAAACCGAGCAGACCCAUCCGUCACGAGCUGCUGGAAUCUCAAUCCUCUAAAUCUGGUUCUGGUUUUGCAGCUGGAAAUCUUUCUGAGAAACCUGUGUCUCGAGAUGAAGAUGGGCGACCCAAACCAGGUUUUUUGUUAAAGGGUGAGGCCACACGCCGAGGCAAAGGAGGAUUGCACAGCAGGCGAGGUGGUGGCAGGGAGCGAGGUGGCCACAGAUCUGCUCCUUUCCGUCGGGCCCCUGUUAAAGAGGCCUCACAGUGGCCCUUGAAGCCCAUGGAGACCUUUCGGCCAGAGGAAGCAGAGACCUCGCGUAUUGAUAGUACCCACUCUGAAAGACGGCACAUCAAGUAUGACAACAAGAAGAUUGGAGAGGGAGGACAAAGCUUCCGGGAGAGGCCCCGGAGACCAAGGGCAGCCCGUCCUCCCAGACAAGACAAGCCCCCACGUUUUCGGAGGCUUAAAGAACGUGAGGCAGCAGUGUUUGCUGGGGAAGCGAUUCCUGGUGUGCCAGUACCUACAUCAGUCUCCCCUAUGCGGUCCAAAGCUCCUGGAACGCUGGUCUCUUUGCCAGAGGGAGUGGCUGAUACCAGAACAGCACCUUCUCUGACUCCUGAUGUAACUUCCCCUGAGCUUCCUGUCCCAGAGACCGUUGUCCCUGAAAUGGGAGCCACCACUGUAGCUGCUGCUGGUAGCAAAUCACCUGACUUGUCCAAUCAGAAUUCUUCUGACCAGGCCAAUGAGGAGUGGGAGACGGCCUCUGAGAGUAGCGACUUCAACGAAAGGAGAGAGCGAGAGGACAAGAAGCAACUUGAAGCAGCCAUGACUUCAACCACCGCUGCUACUACCACCUCCACCAUGCCAACACAGAUCUCUGGAGGACAGAGCAAAUCACCAACAGAAAGUGUGGUAAUCCCUAAACGGGAGAUCGCCUCGGUAGCCAAGAGAAGCUUCUCAAGCCAGCGGCCUGUGGAUCGACAGAACCGCAGAGGAAAUAGUGGGCCUAAAACUGGUCGAGGGUAUCCUGCAGGCAAGAGCGAGAGAAGGGGAGGAUCUGGAGCCAAAUUGGGACGCAGGGGUGCUGCUGCUCAGAAUGCAGAGGCUGGUCAGGCCAGUACGGGUCAGAAAGUUGGGAAAGAACCAGCGUCCAGUCGCCGGAAAGAGGAAGCAAAACAUGCUGUCAAAAAACCCAAAGAGAAAGAAAAUGCUUUGUCUCAAUUCGAUCUCAACAAUUAUGCCAGUGUAGUGAUCAUUGACGACCACCCAGAGGUCACAACGCUUGAGGACCCUCAGUCAAACACAAACGAUGAUGGGUUCACUGAGGUUGUUUCACGGAAGCAGCAGAAACGUUUGCAGGAUGAGGAACGAAGGAAGAAAGAAGAGCAGACUGCACAGAACUGGAGUAAAAAGGGCUCUGGUGAAAAGGGCAGGGGAGGUGGCGGUUCUAAACUCCCUCCACGAUUUGCCAAAAAGCAACAACAGCAGCAAGGAUUGGCAGCUGGGCAGCAGCAACCGUCAGCUCCAGCUCCACAGACCCAGGCUGUCCCUCAGCAGACUCCACCACAGCCAGCUAUCUCUGUGUCGCAGCACAGCCUGCCUGCCUCUAACCAGAGUCCUAUCUCACCCCAGCCCCUUGAGGGUGCGGUGGCACCUCUGGCCCCCUCACCUGUAGACUUCCCUGCCAAGAGUCAGACGCACAACACACUGGGUACAGAACUGUGGGAGAACAAGGUGGCUGGCUCCACUGUUCUCUCUGAUGUCAAAAAACUUGGACCUAUCAGCCCUCCCCAGCCUCCAUCUGUCAGUGCCUGGAACAAACCCCUUACUUCAUUUACUGGGCCCGUUACACCUGAGGGUGUGAAAUCGGGAACAGAAGGUGGGGUUGAGCUGGGCAUGGACAGCAUCCAGUUUGGUGCCCCGUCUUCAGCAGGAAGCACUGACAGUGACGGAGUGCCCGCCCUUCUAGAGAAAACCUCUGAUAAUAAACUACCUGAACCCAAAGAGCAAAGACAAAAACAGCCUCGUGCUGGACCUGUCAAACCUCAGAAGUUACCUGACAUCCCCCCUCCAGAGCACAAGGAAUAUAAACCUGGUCCCAUUGGCAAAGAGCGUUCACUCAAGAACCGUAAGGCUGCUAAAGAUGUGCGUCAGUCCGAUGGAGAGGUCUUGGAUAAAAAUGGAGCUAGAGGAAGCCGAGACAGAGACUCCAGCUCACCCACUAAAGACAAAGUUCCUGAGCUGAGUGGAGACAUCGAGGGCAUGAUCACUGCUCCAACAGCGGAGUACUCCUGCAGCUCUAAGGAAUCAGUGACUGACUACACAAUCCCAUCUUCCUCGUUAGCGGACAACGUCCCCACUGCAGGGACCAAGAUGGAGGAGAGCCUCGUGGCACCUGUGGCGCUCCCGCACCCAAUGCCUAUUCAGCGAAGAGAAGCCCUGCAGCAGAGCUCAAGCCUUGCCACAGUCUCUCCUGCUACUGUUGACCUCACACUUAAAAUGGAAUCUGCGCGCAAGGCUUGGGAGAACUCGCCUAGUCUUGUGGAAAAGAGCUCUCCGGUCACCUCCUCUGCUUCCCCAAUCACCAGUGGAGGAGGAGGAGCAGGCAGUGCCUCCUUCAGUUCCUUCUCUAGUGCUUCAGUGCCUCAGAUACCUGUGGCCUCGGUCACCCCCAGCACCUCCCUGUCCGGAUCUGCAACCUACACAACAUCCUCUCUCAGCACGAAGAGCACAUCAGCCUCUGACCCUCCCAACAUCUGUAAGGUGAAGCCCCAGCAGCUGCAGAGUUCAGGGAUGUGCAACACUAACUUCUCCCACCUGGGCUGUGCUCCAUCUCUGUUACCGCAGCAACAGGCCCCACAGGUGUUCGUAUCCCAGUCUGCAGCAGGUUCUGCGGCCCAAAUCCCGGCUUUCUACAUGGACACCAGCCACUUGUUCAGUGCGCCCCACCCUCGCUUGGCUCCUCCUUCUAUAGCACAGCAGCAAGGCUUUCAGCCUGGACUCUCACAGCCUACAGCGGUGCAACAGAUCCCCAUCCCCAUUUACGCUCCUCUGCAGGGGCAGCACCAGGCCCAGCUGAGCCUCAACACUGGACCUCCGGUGUCUCAACCUCAAGACCUCUUCAGCUCCUCCAUGCAGUCCUACAGUAUGCUGUCUUGUCUACUCAGGUCUCAACAGGCAUUCAUGCAGAACAGCCUUUCCCAGACGUCUCCCAUGAUGCUGUCUGGGACUCCACUGCACAGUUACCCCGGAGUGCAGCCCCCAGAUUUGGGCAAGCCUCAGUCCAGCCUGGCCUAUCAGCAGACCUCAAACACCCAACACAUCCCCAUCCUGUUUGAGCCCCAGCUGAAUCAGCCUUCUGGCAUGGGAGGAUCACAGCUUAUAGACACACAUCUACUGCAGCGUCAGGGAAUGAGUCAGCACUCAAACCUGUACUCUGGACAAGUUCAGCAGCAGAGCAGCUACUACAGCUCAACACAAAGUCCCAACUCUGCCCUGCAGCAGGUGACCGUUCCUGUGCCGGGUUCACAGAUGUCUUUGCCCAAUUUCGGCUCUGGUGGUGGUCAGCCACUCUUGGCUUUGCCUCAAUCCCUACCUCCGACACCUCCCCAAGCCCCGCCCCCCAGCCUCAAUCGCCAGCCCCCCAGCAAUCCUCCCUACCGUGGCCUUAUUGGCCAGAAUACACACAGUAUGAUGCAACAUUCCAAUAAGAUGUGUGAGAUGGAUCUGAAGCUCUUCAGUGGUGGAAUGGAUAUGAAGCCUGGAACUCCACCUGUCAGCGCCAGAAGCACUACCCCCACUUCUAGCCCUUAUAGGGUGUGCUCCACAAGUCCCAGUAGUCAGUCUAGCAAGAUGAACAGCAUGCUGUAUCCCAAACAGUUCCAGUCGGGAUCUGCAGGAAUGCGCAUUGCCCAGCACUUCCCAGGACCGUUCAACCCACAGAUGUUGUCUCAGGCUAACAUGGUGUCUCCAUUGGUGCGUCAAUCCCAUGCAAACUCAUUUCCUGGAGGGGUACAGCGUUCACCCAUGGGUCCACCCAUGUCCUCUAAUCUGAGUGGGGGUCUAAUGCCCCAUCCAAGACCCCAGCAUCCUCCACGUGGACCUUCUGGUCCCUCGUUAGCUCCCCGUGGCACACAAGCUGCUCUGAAAGCAGAGCAGGACCUUAAGGCUAGACAAAGAGCAGAGGUACUACAGUCUACCCACAAGUUCUUCUCUGAGCAACAACAACUCAAGGCUCCAGUCAGCAAACCGUCCCGUAUAGAAGCAGGCAAACCCACUGACAGCAUCACUUCAAAUCACCAGGGGGCGCCAUCAGACCGCACAGAGUCUGACAAAUCUGUACCUUUAGCAACAACCAAACCCAUCCGGACGGGUCCAAUCAAACCACAGGCCAUCAAACCAGAAGAGAGCAAAUAGUCCUUACUGCUUCUGGAUGGACAGAUGGAUGGAAGGAUGGACUGAGAGGCCGAGUGCUGAGGGGAGGGGGGGGGUGUCCUACAGCACCUGAAAGUGGUAGAAAAGUGUUGGGAAGUAGAGUGAUGGAGGUUAGUUUUGUGAGGUGCUGUGCAUUUCCCUCACACUUACUGUGCCUGUUUUCCUCAUCCUUUUAUCAGUCCAUCCAUUCUCUCCUCCGCUGUGAUUGGCAUUACAGAGAAAACGCCCCUCCAUUGUGUGAACUGUACAUCCUCAGUGAACAAUGAAGGUAGACAUCAACAUGAGUUACACUUGCUGCUGAGAAUGCCAUUUUUAUAGCAACACGAUUUACUUUUUACUUUCUCAUUUUCAUGUAGAGAAACACAUUUUAGGCAGGCAAAUGUCUCUUUUUUUGAUUGAAGAUGUUUUCCCCACAUUAUCUUUUUUUUUUUCUUCUCCAUGUUCUCAAGCAAUGUUUCGGUUAUGGCGAUAAAGAUACAAUAAAAUGUCUACACACACACACACACAUACUCUAGCAUACCUUUUAUUAUGUGUAUGUGUGUACACCUCUCUUAAAAUGACUUAUGACUUCAACCUUGUGUAUUGGCCUUAACAAUACAUAGAACAUUAUUUCAGCUGAUUAGGAAUUGAUUGCAAUCGAUAAAUUAAUCUGAUACAUCUGCAGUCUCCACUGUGAGCCUUCCCUUUUGCCUUCUUGGUAGUCUCAAGAAUCAAAGAUUGUGUUUGCGUGUGCGCAAAAUACCCUUGAAACUUUAUCCAAAGUUUAGGCGUCAAGAGACCUGAGUCCUUUUAAGAUGAAUAUAUAUGAUUUUGACAAAGACGGUUCAGCUUGGUCAACAGAUAGUAGAAUUAUGACGGAAUAUUUUCUUUUUUGUAAACGGUUCCUCCAGACCAGGCCUAUGUUUGAUUGUGUCCUAAGCUUAAGCCCCUCCCCUUUUCUGUGAAUGAGGACAGAUGUAGACACGCCCACUUCUGUAACUCCAGUCUUUUACCUUCCAGCCUCUCCACACAGCUCCCAACCAUGCUGCUGACCAGCUUUGACUCUCCUGACCAAUCACUGCAGAGGAGGGGUGGAGUUUAGGUUGGGGUGAGUGGUCAUGCAAUUUAGGUUCAGUGCUAAAGAGCGUAGCUGCAAUUUUAGAAAAGAAACGUCGAGUGUGAGGCUGCCAGACUGAAUAGGGGGGUUUGGGGCAAAAGUGAUGAGUCUUGAACAGAGAUGACCAUGUUUUGGACUACUCUUUUAUGGUGACCACAGGCCUGGGUAUAUAAGGUCUUUCUCCAAACCACUCCCUUGGGUUGCUAUUGAAAAGAAGGGGCCUGCAGUUGAACAAGGGUUUCAGUACAGCCCCCUCAUUUCUUGUUUAGUAGGAAUGAGAAACUACAAACAAAAGGGGAGGAGAGGAAAUGUUUUUGUUUUCUUUUUCUGUUUUUGUUUUACUUGUACAGGGGUUAAAUUGCUGUAUUAAAAUAUGUAAGGUCUUAUUUACAUUCUCCUGGUUUGGUUACAGAAAUUAAUAAAAUAUGCUGUAAAAAUGA